GGAGUAUUGCGAGAAGGCAGUAGUGAUUCAAAAAAAGAAAAAUUUAAUCUUAAUGAUCAGAUUUUGGCUGAGCCGGCUUUUAAGAAUCCUUCAAGUAAUUUAUCACGAGAAGAUAGAGAUCUAAAUAUAUUUUAUGAAAAAGAAGCCAUUU